AUGGAUUGUGAUCCCAACUACGAAGACGUCGUAUGGGCGUUCUACCGAUUCGUACCUUCAAAAGAGGCCAACAUCGUGUUCGUAGUCCUUUUCGCCAUGACAACCUUAUUGCACACCUUACAGUUAUGGCGGACACGGACAUGGUAUCUAAUACCAUUGGUUUUCGGAGGAGUUUGCGAAAUUAUUGGAUAUGUGGGACGAGUGUUAAAUGCAAACGAAAACCCUGGCUGUUGGACUAUGGGACCAUAUAUCAUGCAAAAUGUCUUGAUUCUUAUUGCUCCCGCACUUUUUGCAGCUUCGAUCUAUAUGAUCCUUGGAAGGAUCAUCCUCUUAACAGAUGGCGAACAAUAUUCGUUAAUCAAAAAGCGGUGGCUUACAAAGCUUUUUGUAUUCGGUGACGUGGCAUCGUUAUUACUUCAGUCAUCAGCAAGUAGUCUUAUGGCUGUUGAAGAUCUCAACAAGAUAGGUGAAAAAGUUAUUGUCGGUGGUUUGUUUGUGCAACUCUUCUUUUUCAGCUGCUUCAUUCUUGUCAGCGCCAUCUUCCACGUCCGUAUGCGCCAUGGGCCGACCCCAAGGUCGGUGGAAAGCAGUGUGAGGUGGCAGACAUAUCUCACGACGCUUUACUUCACUGGAACUCUCAUAUGGAUACGGAGUCUUUUCCGCGUUAUUGAGUUCAUAGAAGGUAACGACGGGCACUUGAUGCGCAGUGAAACAUGGGUAUUUGUCUUUGACGGGAUGCUGAUGCUUGUGGUACUAUUCUGGAUGAACUGGUUUCAUCCCGGAGAGAUUGGCCUGAUUCUAAGAGGAGAAGACCGGAUCACGAAUGGUCUGGAACUUAUCAAGAUGGGAAGUGUUGGGAAAGGAAAGAGGAAUAACCACAUGGAAAGUCUGUCGUCUGACCCAAUUGUUUGA